UUCUUAGCAUUACGCAUUGAAUGGUGUAAGGCGAGAGCACACGCCAAUCGCUGGUCUGAGGAAUGCCAGUUGAUUGAAGAAGAAAUGCAUCGUGUUAUUGCAUUCCAUGCUUACCAAGCCAGGUGGUGGCUUGACAAGAUAGAACAGAACCCUGUGGCUUCCGAGGAGCACCAGGAGGGCCUGAUUGCAUAUGCCAUGCGUCAGGCAGAACUUCGAACGUCAUUA